AUGGUCCGUACCGCGUAUGAACUCGAGAUCGAGGAGAAAAAAGAAAGCAAUCGUCGCCUCAUGAAGGAAUUACUGGGAGACCGUUUCGAAAACGAACCGGUCUUCAAGACGAAAAAGAAGCAAAAGAAGACCGCUCCGAGGAAGAGAAAGAGUUCAGCUAUGGCUGUCGGCGACGGGGAGGGGAGCCGUCCGGCUAAGGCACCGCGCACUUCAGCGGAGGCCACCGAGAACGGCGAAGGGCCGCGCCGGAGCCAGAGGAACGCGGGGAAGACGGUCGACUACAAGAGCGAACAGCUCCUCCCGGCCUCACGCUCCCGUCUGAUUUCGCUCAAGAGUAGCGACUCGACCAUGGAGAGCGACCCCAGGCGGACGGAGAGGAGAUCUCACGACCCCAAGACGUUCGGACACAUCCCUGGUAUCGAGGUCGGUACCUGGUGGGAGACGCGUAAAGAUUGCAGUCUGGACGCGGUUCACGCGCCGUGGGUCGCGGGCAUCUCUGGUGGACCGGACGGUGCCUACUCUGUUGCGCUCUCUGGUGGUUAUGAGGAUGAUGUCGAUCUGGGAUAUGCCUUCACUUACACCGGAUCAGGGGGGCGCGAUCUCAAGGGAACCAAGAAUGCUCCGAAGAAUCUUCGGACCGCUCCGCAAAGCUCAAACCAGACGUUCGAGAACCCUUUCAAUCAGGCACUCAAGCGGUCGUGUGAGACCAAGAAGCCUAUCAGAGUAAUCCGAGGGUUCAAGCUCCACUCCGAGUUCGCGCCAGCUGAAGGGUACCGCUAUGACGGACUGUACACCGUGGAGAAGGCCUGGAUGGAGAAGGGAAUGAACCCUAAAGGAUACCUCGUCUGCAAGUUCGCAUUCAGGAGACUCCCUGACCAGCCGCCAAUCCCUACGAAGGACGAGUCGGUAGAAGAGGAGGACCAAGGCGAGGCUGAUGAUACGACUGAGACGCCUGACGAAGAGGAUACCCCUGGGCCCGCCGAAGAUGAACAGGAAGUAGCAUAG